CUCGUCUUGUAGUACUCUUUGACUUCAUGAGCUUCACGAUGGCGGAAAACAAAGCUUCGAUCGAUAUUGAAAGACCUGCGAGUCAGCGGACGCUCACGCCUUCUUACACUGGUAGCGCUGCGAAGAAGGAUGAAGAGAGUCCAGCUACGAAAGAAGACGUCGCUCAGCCUGAAGACCCGAAUGCUGUUGAUUGGGAUGGCCCUGAUGAUCCAAACAAUCCCAUGAACUGGCCUGCCAGGAAGAAAUGGACUUGCAUCGGCGCCCUCUCCGUCAUGACCCUCCUAACACCUCUCGGCUCCUCAAUGUUCGCCCCCGGCGUCCCAGACAUCAUGCGCGAAUUCGAAACAUCCAACCGCAACAUCGCCACGUUCGUCGUCUCCGUCUACGUCCUCGGCUUCGCAUUCGGCCCUCUCCUCGCCGCACCGCUCAGCGAAAUCUACGGCCGCGCCAUCGUCUUCAACAUCGCCAAUGUUCUCUUCCUCAUAAUGACCGUUGCUACAGCACUGAGCCAAAACAUGCCUAUGCUUAUCGUUUUUCGCUUCUUGAUGGGUUUCACGGGCUCGACGCCUGUUACUAACGGAUCGGGUACUAUAUCGGAUAUCUUUCCGGUGCAGGAGAGAGGUAAGGCUAUGGCUGUUUGGGCCAUGGGACCUUUACUUGGACCGUGUAUUGGACCGUUGGCUGGUGGGUAUAUGGUUGAGGCUAUUGGAUGGCGCUGGGUAUUCUGGUUGAUUGCUAUUCUCACUGGCUUCAUCGCUGCGCUUUGUUACUUUGCCGCCCCAGAGACAUACGCCCCAACGCUCCUCCGUGCAAAAGCCGCCAAACUCAAAAAAGAAACCGGCAAUCAAGACUUAUACUCCAUCCUCGACAAAGACGGCCUCACGCCCAAACAACGCCUUAGCAACGCCUCCAUCCGCCCGAUGAGAAUGCUCUUCACGCACCUCCCCGUCUUCAUCCUCUCGCUCUACGUCGCCAUCGUCUACGGCGUGCUGUAUCUCAUGUUCAGCACCUUCACUUUCGUCUUUGCGCAGCAAUACGGUUUCGGCACUGGUACUAUUGGUCUGGCGUAUCUUCCUACCGGUAUUGGAAUGCUGCUUGGUACAAUGACGUUUGGGGUCAUGACGGAUGUUGUUAUUAAGAAGAAGAUUGAGCAGAACGGUAAGACGGUUCCGGAGGAUCGGUUGCCGAUUUGGAUGACAUUGCCUUCGGGCUUGCUUAUUGUGGGGGCGUUGUUUUGGUAUGGUUGGGCGGCGGAUCAGAAUGUGCAUUGGAUUGUGCCCAUGAUUGGCGUUGCGCUGUUUUGCUUUGGCCUUAUGGGUAUCAUGAUGUGUCUGCAAACUUACCUCGUCGACGCGUACAUCACCUACGCAGCAUCAGCCGUCGCCGCCAUGACAGUCCUCCGAUCCCUCGCUGGCGCUAUGCUUCCUCUCGCCGGACUGUCUAUGUACGAUGAUCUUGGUCUCGGUUGGGGGAACAGUAUCCUUGCGUUCUUGGCGCUGGCGCUUGUUCCUGUUCCCGUGAUCUUCUUCUUGUAUGGACCUAAGAUCCGAGCCAAGAGCCCGAACAACCUUGGUUAGACGGGGACAGGGUUUGACAAUGGCCAAUUGCAGGCUUAAGAUAGUGAGAU